AUGAUGGCUGACAAUAAAACAAAGUCCACUAAAUCUGCAAACAAGACUCCUCCAAAGUCUCCUGCAGAUCCGGCAAAAGAGAGAGCAGCCAAAAGGCUAUCUUAUGAGUCAAACAGUUCCCACGAAGGGGCCAUGGCAGCAGAGCUUAGUGCUCUAGAAGAGGCUUUUAGAAAAUUUGCCAUCCACGGAGAUACCAGAGCCACAGGAAAAGAACUGCAUGGGAAAAACUGGUCAAAAUUAUGUAAGGACUGUCAUGUGAUAGAUGGGAAGAAUGUGACAAUCACGGAUGUUGACAUUGUCUUCAGUAAAAUCAAGGGGAAAUCUUCUAGGACGAUUACUUUUGAUCAGUUUAAGGAAGCUCUUCAAGAACUCUCCAAGAAACGAUUUAAAGACAAGAGCAAUGAGGAAGCAGUUCAAGAAAUACAUAAACUAAUCGAAGGAAAAGCCCCGAUCAUAUCUGGAGUAACGAAAACCAUUUCAUCUCCAACUGUAUCACGACUUACAGACACGUCAAAAUUCACUGGUUCCCACAAAGAGAGGUUUGAUCCAAGUGGGAAAGGAAGAGGCAAAGCAGGACGAGAAGACCUGGUUGACGCGUCGGGCUAUGUGCCUGGGUACAAGCACGCAGGCACAUAUGAUCAUAAAGUACAAGGAAGCAAGUAA